UAGUGUCCAAAAAAGAAAUGGACACUUUAUUAAGGGACGGAGGGAGUACUUGUUAAUAACAUAUUAGCAUAUCAUUCAAAGGUUUUUUAAUCUUAUAAAAAGUAGAUUUCUCAAAAAAAAAAAAAAAAUAAAGAAAAUAAUGGUAACUCAACAACAUAUAGAACGAUAUACAUUAUACAAUCUCCUUGUCUACAAAGUUGAAAAAUUUGAUGGAAUUUGCAGAGCAUAAGAGUAAAAGAAAUAAAAACACCAUCAGUGAUGAUAGCGCUGGUUGAAGAGGGACUUUAAAUUCCUCCGCGGCGAAUUUGAGAACGUCCCUGAAAGAUGCGGCUUUUCUACGGAGGUGAGGAACCAAAGCCCAAAACCCAACAGAAAAGUGAGAAACUAAAAAAUGGUGAGGAAAAAAUUAAGAUAAAGAAGAUUGAGAAAGCAUAUGAAAGAUGAAGAUUCGAGCCGAUGCCGUUCCUUCUUAUGAACGGUUGAUAAUCUGAUUUGUGAAUUGUUUUUAUUUAUGGAAGAGAAUAUGGUAUAAUAGAGAAAGCAAAAAGACUUAACGGUUGAGAUUCUGGGUAACUGUGUUGGGGGAGUUGGGGUGGUUGUGUUUUUAGAGUGAAUUACAGUUAUGUUGUGCGACGUGAUUUUGUAAAAAAAAAAAAAAUUCAAUUUAUAUUAUUAGAUGUAAUUUGUUGUAUUUAAUGAGGGUAAAAUGUGAUUUCUAUUAUUUUGGUAUCCCCUAUCUUCCCAUAUAGAAUAGAGAUUUAACCCCACCCUCACCCUCACCCUCACCACCACCCUGGCACCCUCACCACACACGAAAAUUCUGCCUCAUCAUCGUCUUCGUCAUCGUCAUCGUCAUCGUUGUCUGCAUCAGUUUCGCGAGCCGAGGGUGGUGACGCCGACGACCCUCCUCCGCUUCGUCCGACUCGCCGACCCUAAAUCCUCCUCUUACUUCUCGUUCGACGCGCCAUCUUGUCUGCAUCGUCGUCGGCAUCUGCUCGUCGCCGGGAGCGUAGACCACGACAUGGAAGACAAAGAGGUCUUGAAGUACAAGGAUGUUGUUUUGCGAGCUUCAGAUCUGGAAACUUUACGAGAAUCUUGCUUCCUCAACGACCAAAUCAUUGCAUUCUACUUCAGCUAUCUGUUCUCUUCCAUCAAAACUGAUGAUAUGCUGCUUGUUACUCCUUCCGUAUCUGUCUGGCUUGCUAAUUGCCACGAUGACAAGUUCGUUGAAGAGUUCGCUCAGUCUUGCAAACUGUCAAGCAAGAGACUGGUCCUUUUCUCUGUAAAUGACACCGAUGAUUUUGCUGGGGAUGACAGUGGAAGCCAUUGGAGCAUCCUGGUCUAUGAUAGGACCAAAAAUUCAUUUCUGCAUUUUGAUAGUAUGGAGGGAACGAAUAACUUCCACGCCAUGAAGCUGUACGAUGUCCUCAAGGAAUACAUGGGGCCAGGUGGUCAAGUUUCAAGGCCACACACCUCAUCAUCUUCACUAAAGAAACAGAGGAAUAAGAAGAAAAGCGUGCAGUCUGUAUCCAAACCUCUUGGAGGCACAACACCUGAAUCCAUCGCUGCUGCCGAACCUGCUGUUUUGCCUAUGUUCACAGAAUGCAAGACCCCUCAGCAAUCAAAUGGAUAUGAUUGUGGUCUGUAUGUGUUAGCUAUUGCUAGGGCAAUCUGUCAAUGCUGCUCACUUGGAAAUAUCAAGAGUGACGUGCUUUCAGCAAUAGAAAAUAAUGUUGAUGAUUCUGUGGAGUUUAAAAUGCGAAGUGAGGUGCUAGAGAUCAUACAGGAGUUGACCAACGACAUUUGACAGGUCAAAACCAACAUUGAUGUGGGGUUUUUUUUUUUUUGGUAGAUAGAGAGGUUCUAACUUUGUAUAGUUACAAGGUAUGGAAUACAUGACCUUUGAAAUGAAAGGUGAGAGGUUAAUCAUUGAUCCAACAUAACAUCAUUAUUUAGUAUUUCAAAAUAAAAUAUAUUAAUGUUCUGUAAUUA